AUGUCCACUUCACAGCAGCAGCAAAACGAAAACCUGACAGCAGCCACCGACUUCAUAAGUAGCCCCGCUGCUUGGUACUCGCGCACCGCGUUUCUAGCGUCGGUUCGAGUUGUCCAAUUCGUGUCAACGAUCACGGCGCUUGGUUUGCUAGCUACCCUCAUCGACAUUGGCGAUGACCGUGGCUUCGAGCUCGCGGUCUCCGUAAUUUCGUUCGUGUAUUUGAUCGUGAUUGCUGCAGCACCACUGCCGCUCAAUUUGUACUCUUUGAUCGCGGUUUCUGUAUUUGAAACUACCAUCUUUUCACUGUGGGUCGCGGCAAGUGCCACCUUAGGCAACAGCUACAGUUACUAUACCUGCACAUUUAAUGCACCUCAAGGCGAUGGUGCUUAUUACUACGGGUUUUGGGGGGACUACCUCGCCGAAUUUUCAAAACAAUGCAAGAUAGGCAAGGCGUCGAUAGCAAUUGCAGCGUUCUCAGCGUUUCUCUCACUAUGUGCAUUUUUUCUACUGUGUGUGAACGUCUUGGUGCCCUUGAAAACAACUUCUGUUGGCGAAAUGAAUGCAGAGGGUACGCGCGCGUACCUGUCCCGCUUCACAGCGUUGGCAAUUACACGCACACCGUUCUUGGCCGGAGACAUCGAAAAAACCGGUCCCGUGGACGCUGAGGCUGCCGAACCUGCUGUUCCUGUAGACGCUGAGGCUGCCGAACCUGUUGUUCCUGUGAACGCCUAG